CAGAGACAGGUAAAUAGGGGGUCUUUGGGUAAUGAGUUCCAGCCACACUUGAAACAGAAAGCCAGGGAAAGCAUUACUUGAAAAUAGUUUCUAUAUGAGAGUUAGUAAUUUUAGCUUGUUGUUUUGCCAUUAAUAGGAAACAGUUACUGCAGGUUUAGAUACUAUGGAAGGCUCCUUUUUUUCAAAGAGACCAUCUGGCAUGAUGCACUCUUUUGAAGCUUUUAGAAUGAUGUUGCUGCUUGUCACUAAUUGUGAUCUGCACUAAAAAAACAGCUGCUCAGAGGGGAGAGUCUGAAGUUUAUGCAGUUGUGUGUUGUAUAUACAUCCGUCAGUAGAGUUUGGGAUAAGCCUGAGGGACAGAGAGGCAGGAGAUUUAAGAAAAAUAUGGACACGGAUUCAUGCUCUUAGAGGUGGGGGCGGAAAGGGGAGACGGAGUGAUUGCAUUCUGCAAGACGAAGCUCUAUCCUCUGUCCAAAAGUUCCUCUUAACCCUGGAAAUAUUAUUGCUGAGAUGGGCCCAAAGCAUGGAUGGUGAGAUUGAUAUUUACAAGCACUUCACCUGGCUUAAGAGGUCUCAGGUGAAUCAUCUUUCUUCUGCUAACAAUGAAACCUAUCAAGAACGACUGGCACGAUUAGAGGGUGAUAAAGAGUCCCUCAUAUUGCAGGUGAGUGUCCUCACGGAUCAGGUGGAGGCCCAAGGAGAGAAAAUCCGGGACCUAGAAGUCUGUCUUGAGGGGCAUCAGCUAAAACUUAAUGCUACUGAAGAAAUGCUUCAACAGGAGCUGCUAAGUCGAACGUCACUAGAGACUCAGAAACUAGAUCUAAUGGCAGAAGUUUCAGACCUGAAGAUUAAGUUGGUUGGCAUGGAGAAGGAACAGAGUGAAUAUGAAGAGAAGCAGAACAAAGCUGAGUCAGUAGUGAACCUGAUCAGUGAGCUACAAGACCAGAUGUGUAGACUACAGCUGGAAAUUAAUAGUAAAAUCCAGGAAAGAAAGUCUCAAGAUAGGAAACUUGAACUGACAGCUAAUGAUCUUCAGGCCAGCACAAGAUCAGUGGUAGAGAGCCUCUCCCAGAAGAAUUGCUCUCUGUGUGAUGGUUUGCUUCAGGAACUCAAACAUCUCAAAAUUAAAGUAGAAGAGCUGGAAAAUGAAAGAACCCAAUAUGAAUGGAAAUUAAAAGCAACCAAAGCUGAAAUAGCCCAGCUUCAGGAGCAGUUAGCUCUCAAAGAUGCAGAAAUUGAACGUUUACAGAGUCAACUCUCCAGGACCUUGGUGCAUAAUGAAAUUGCAGAAAGAGGGGAACUAUAUAGGAGAAGGCUAAAAGAAAAACAUCAAGAAGUUCAACGACUGAAGAUAGGAAUGGAAUCGUUGUUAGCUGCAAAUGAAGAAAAGGACCGUCGAAUAGAGGAGUUAACAGUGCUGCUAAGCCAGUACAGAAGGGUGAAGGAGAUAAUGUUAGCAGCUCAUGGCUCUUCAGAGAGAAUUCUAUCUGGUAGCAGUGAAGAGGAACUUGAGGCAAGUUUGAAGAAGUGGAAUCUCAUGAAUAAGCCCCCAGCAGAAUUACUCAAAUCCGAGAUGCCUCCAGGAGAAUUGUCACCAACUAUGGAGUCUUUACUGCCACAAAAAACUCUGGAAAUCAGUGGAAGCAUUCCAGUUCCUUCAAAUAACUUUAUUUCUCCACAUGAGGAAUCCUUGGAAACCAGAAGUAGGGUUCCACAGAAAAAAAUGUCAAGUAGUCUAGAGGACUUGCAGAGUGAAUCCAUGGAAAAGCAUGUAGACGGGAAACCAGUAGAACCUGUUGUAGAGCAAGAGAAUAAACCAUAUGUGAAGAGUAACAAAUAUCAGACCUUGCCAGGGAAGCUUCUUCGACCCACACACAACGGAGAUCAUGGAACAUACGAUACUCCCACUUCCCUAAAUGUAUUUGGAAUGAAUGACAAUGAGGACAACAGUGUAUUGAGCCUGAAUCGCAUCAGGAGUAUUAGUGCACCAAUAUUAGGAGAGACAGAAAAUAUGGAUGGUACAAUAACUUCAGGUGAACUUUCACCCCUUUCUUCUGGAACAGAAUCGGGUCCACAGUCUCCAUUGUCUCCAGAAAAUAAAAAGAGCCCAAAAGGCAUCAGGAAAAUCUGGGGAAAAAUAAGAAGAACUCAGUCAGGUAACUUCCAUGCAGACGAUCUAGGUUUAGCUGAAUUUCGAAGAGGUGGUCUCCGUGCAACAGCUGGACCUCGAUUAUCUAGAUCAAAGGAAACAAAGGGGCAGAAGAGUGACUACAAUGCCCCCUUUGCUCAGUGGAGCACUGAAAGAGUUUGUAACUGGCUUGAGGACUUCGGUCUUGGUCAGUAUGUCAUUUUUGCACGUCAGUGGGUGACUUCUGGCCACACAUUAUUAACCGCAACACCUCAGGACAUGGAAAAGGAACUAGGAAUAAAACAUCCUCUGCACAGGAAGAAAUUAGUCUUGGCCGUUAAAUCAAUAAAUACAAAACAGGAUGAUAAGUCUGCACAACUAGAUCAUAUCUGGGUGACACGAUGGCUUGAUGAUAUUGGCUUACCUCAGUACAAAGAUCAGUUUCAUGAAUCCAGAGUUGAUGGGAGAAUGUUGCAGUACUUAACUGUGAAUGACCUUCUCUUUCUGAAAGUCACCAGCCAGCUGCAUCAUCUCAGUAUUAAAUGUGCCAUUCACGUGCUCCAUGUCAACCAGUUCAACCCUCAUUGUCUACGUAGGAGGCCAGUUGAUGAGAAUAAUAUUUCACCUUCUGAAGUAGUGCAGUGGUCCAAUCAUAGAGUGAUGGAAUGGCUCAGAUCAGUAGAUCUGGCAGAAUAUGCACCAAACCUUCGAGGAAGUGGAGUUCAUGGUGGCCUCAUUAUUCUUGAACCUCGCUUUAAUGGUGACACACUGGCAAUGCUGCUUAACAUUCCACCUCAAAAGACCCUCCUGAGACGCCACCUGACCAGUAACUUUAAUGUGUUAAUUGGGCCAGAAGCACAACAAGAAAAAAGAGAAAUAAUGGAAUCUACAGCUUACACACCUCUGACUACCACUGCUAAAGUUCGGCCAAAGAAACUUGGAUUUUCACAUUUUGGAAACCUACGAAAAAAGAAAUUUGAUGAAUCUACAGAUUACAUUUGUCCUAUGGACACAAGUCCAGGUGCAACUAAUGGUACUCAGAAGAGCUACGGUGGAUACAAAGGACUUAAUCAACUCACUGAUAGGGAAUUGGACAAACUGGAUCAGAUGGAACAUUCAGAAGGAACAGUAAUGCAAAUAGGGGUGCUCUCUCAAGGCAUAAGCAACCUCACGGAUAUGCUCAGCCAAGAUGAAAUGCUGAAUGACAGCAGAUUUUUAACACCUACCUUUGAAGACUGGAGAUGAUGAACAUGACCAAGAACAUUGUUAUACCUCACAUGUAUCCAGAGAACUGGCUGAUGAAAGCUGGGUGCUAUAUGCAGAAAAUGGCUUAGGCUUUUCUGCCACUGAGAAGUGUAAAAUGUAUAUGAGGUUUAUGAAGCAACACCUUACACGUAAAAAAAAAAAAACAAAAAAAAAAACCCACUGUGCUAGGUAUUUUUACAUGGGCAUUAAGAAAAGCUAUGCAAAAUUAUUCCUCAUCAUCCAGAGAGGGUAAAAUUGGCAAAUGAUUAAGACUAAUAAAAGAUUUCUUUACAGAUUUAUGAUUACUUUUAUACAGUGGAUUUAUGCACUGUCACCUGCUAAAUUAUCGGUUUUAUAAUUUUGUACUUUUAUAAUUAACUUGCAAUAUAGCAAUAACAUAAGUAGAAUAUGCCUCUGUCACAGAAUAAGGUCCUCUUCAUAUUAUAUGAUAGUGGCGAGGAUGAUACUUCGACAAUUCCAGUGACUUUCUAUCAUGCUAUAUGAUUCAUGGUGCAGCACAUGUUAUCUUGGGAUCUGACAGACACUGGUGCAGACAGUUGUUCACUGAACCAUUGCUGAAAAAGCUGCAGUCUGAUUUAGAGAUAGGAUUGGCUUUAGGAUUUUGAGACUCCUUAAAGAGGAAGAAGGAACUUCAUCCCUCAUUCUUUCUUCCUCUGCAACUCUCCUUGUCUCCGCUUUCUCUCUCCUGAUUAUACCACUGGGAUGAAGAGAAAGGACAGAUCACCUUUCACCCUUCCUGAAGCCCUAGCAGGUGGGUGUGUUCUUAGGCCAGCAGAGAACAUGCUGAUCCUUACUGUGCUCUCUCUGCAAUGAGAAAUUUGCUCACAGCAGGAAAUUCCACAAUCUCAUCUUCAGUUUGAGACUGCAAAGGAAACAGAGACCCAAAAGUUGACUUUUCUUAGAAAAUGACUCUUAACACAACUUCAAACAAGCACUGUGUGUGUUAGUGGUCAUGGAACAGGCAGAAAAUUCAUUAACUUAAAACACGCAUUUGAAAUACCAAAAUGGUGCAUACCACCCUCACUACAGAUACUUCAAGGUGAGUGCAACAGAACUUUUUGCCCAGUACGUGGUUUGCCUUAUGACUGACAAAAGUUCCUUGUACAAUUGGAACAUUUCAGUAAGCUCUGUUGAAUUUUGAGUCAAAAUGACUAGAGCUACAAAGCACAGUUUAACACGUAGUGUGAAACUUAGCACACAGAUGGUUGGAAAACCAGGAUUAAGUGAUAAACUCCACACUCUUUGCUCCCUGAAUUGCAUUCAGCAUACUAUAAGCAAUGUAAAUAUAUAUGGGUGCCACCUACUGGCAUGACUGAGAUGUGGUUAGAAACGAGUUGUAAUGUUUGCAUGAGAAACUUUUUUUUUUUU